UUUGAUUGGUGGAUCUCGGGCAGGUGUUGUGACUCUUGCUCUCCCGGUUGGUGGCGCUGUCAUUGACAGAGUGUGUCUGGUUAUGCCGUCUCGCCAGGUUUGAAAUCCCUGGCUGUGUGAGCACCCAAGACGGCGAGCCACGGCACGCUGCCCUCGUCCAGCCUCGCCCUGUGUGAUUUGUAUUUAUUUAAAAUACGCUGUCGGCUUUAUGACCGGAUUUCGGCCGAAAAGGGAUUGGCAGGACUACAACUACCGAGAUGCCACACUGGAAUCACAACGCAUCCUGGGAGAUGUAGUUUUCCAAUUCACUUCCAGACCUUGCCGUUCAGGUUUGGCACCCCGCCACAAAAAUACAACUCCCAGAAGCGACCGCGCGGUUAGUUGCGGUUUAACUUCUUCUGGCUGUCAGGAGAGACUGGAGGAGCUUGAAAAAGUUUUUAGCAGCUUGUUACAGAACGUCAGGAGAGCCAGCCCAGCCUGCCUGAGCGAUGUCAGAACCGGAGUCGGACAGCGGGCCACGGCCGGUGCAGAUCGUCCACGUGCACAAGCAGGAGCACACCUUCGAGCUGGACGUGGCGGCGCUGGAGAGCGUGCUGCUGCAGGAGGGCGUGCGCGACCUCGACGUGGUCGUGGUGUCCGUGGCGGGAGCCUUCCGCAAGGGCAAGUCCUUCCUGCUGGACUUCAUGCUGCGCUACAUGAGCCGGCAGAAGCUGGGCCCCAUGUGGCUUGGAGAGGAUGAUGAGCCGCUGACUGGCUUCUCGUGGCGGGGCGGUUCUGACCCGGAGACCACGGGCAUCCAGAUCUGGAGCGAGGUGUUCACUGUGGAGAAACCUGGAGGCAAGAAGGUGGCCGUGGUGCUCAUGGAUACGCAGGGUGCCUUUGACAGCCAGUCCACAGUGAAGGACUGCGCCACGAUCUUCGCUCUCAGCACCAUGACCAGCUCCGUGCAGAUUUACAACCUGUCUCAGAAUAUACAAGAGGAUGACCUGCAACAGUUACAGCUUUUCACAGAAUAUGGACGCCUCGCUAUGGACGAGAUAUUCCUCAAACCGUUCCAGUCUCUGAUGUUUCUGGUGCGAGACUGGAGCUUCCCUUACGAGUACAACUACGGGCUGAAGGGGGGCAUGGACUUCCUGGACAAGCGUUUGCAGGUGAAGGAGCAGCAGCACGAGGAGAUCCAGAACGUCCGCAAGCACAUCCACUCCUGCUUCACCAGCGUGUCCUGCUUCCUGCUGCCGCACCCCGGCCUCCAGGUGGCCACCAGCCCCAUGUUCCAGGGCCAGCUCGGAGACAUCGCUCCCGAGUUCAAGGCACAGCUGGAGACGCUGGUGCCUCUGCUUCUGAAGUCGGCCAACCUGAUGGAGAAGGAGAUCAACGGGUCCAAGGUCACCUGCCGUGGCCUGCUGGAGUACUUCAAGGCCUACAUCAAAAUCUACCAAGGAGAGGACCUGCCUCAUCCCAAGUCGAUGCUCCAGGCCACAGCAGAAGCAAAUAACCUGGCAGCCGUAGCAUCGGCUAAGGAUCUGUACUACAACCACAUGGAGCAGACGUGCGGCGGCGACAAGCCCUACCUGGCACCCCAGACCCUGGAGGAGAAGCACCUGGAGUUCGUGGCGAUGUCGCUGGAUCACUUCCAGCGGAUCAAGAAGAUGGGCGGAGCGGAGUUCAGCCAGCGCUACCAGGAGCAGCUGGAGAGGGAGCUGGGGGAGCUGUGUGCCGGCUUCCUGAAGCACAACCAGAGCAAGAACAUGUUCGCUGCCUUCCGCACCCCCGCCGUGCUGUUCGGGGUCAUGGCCCUGCUCUACAUGCUGUCUGGCGUGGCCGGCUUCCUGGGCGUGGCCCUCGUGGCUCAGCUGUGCAACUGCGGCACCGGCCUGGUGCUGAUCGGGCUGCUCACCUGGGCCUAUAUCCGAUACUCCGGGCAGUACCGGGAGCUGGGAGGGGCCAUCGACUCGGGGGCCACGAUCCUGCUGGACCAGGUCUCCUCCCGCAUUAACAGCACGGCAGCUCACAGGAUGGGGGUCCCCGAGGCUCCCCCCGGCAACAAGAAGAACAGAUAACUGCCCCCCCACUCUCCCCCACCCCUUUUUUUAAAACACCAGCACACCCACAGAAACCAUCUCCCAGUCUUCAGAACCACUCUGUGCCUUAACCCUGCUGCCUACAGAGAGACUCUGCCUGUCAGUCUUAAAUCCGUCUCCCCUGACUCUCUCAAAUCAAAGCGAACCAAGGUUUGCAAAAUCUUACGUUUUCCGACUUCAGAACACGACAAAGUGUUCGAACGAGAGGAGGCCGUUCGGCCCACCAGAGCCCGUCCGGUUCCGAGCAGCUGUCUGAUCUCAGAACUUUGUCAAGUCGGGUCUUAAAGGAUCCCAGUGGUCCUGCCUCAACAACAUGACUAGAUGACCCAUUCCAUCCCCUCACCGCUCUCUGUGUGAAGAAGAGUCUCCUCCACUCUGUUCUUAAUCUGAAGGAACACGAAGUCACUUUUUCAGGAACAGCGGCUUGAAACCUGGUUCCAGGAGACCUCGUUUGAGGUUCGCUGUAUCAGACCCCCUAGUCUCACCCUGGUGCGCCGCGCAGCGGCCUGAAACCUAGUCUCCUGAAACGCAGUCCUACCAAAACACCAAGUGUCUCCCUGAACCCUCGGCUUUAAUUUUCCUCUGUGCACUGGUCCUGUUUCUGUGCUACUGCUCUUGCAUUUUAUUUGGGUUCACUUUGUACUAUGUGGGGAAUAAGCAUUAUAUAAAAGGCAUGAGUCUCAUUAUUAUUAUUAUUAUUAUUAGUAGUAGUAUUAGUAGUUGUAGUAUCACUGUAGAUGGUUUAGAUUGACUUCCUGUGGUGCAGCUGGUAUUAGGGUCCCCCUAGCGUAGCCCCGUGCUGCACGUGGGACCCGAUACCUGCUGCACAGGAAGUGAAUUUAUAGCGUGGUGGUAACUUUCACAAAAACAAGCAGUGGACUUGGAUGUAACACAACGGGAAGGAAAUGUGUUUGUGUAUAUAUAUAUAUAUGUGACUUUGGUAAGAGAAAUCUGUACUCUACAGCAUACGUAAUACCAGCCACAGCUGCACAAGCUUGAGUCGUCACAGCAACACUCUUCGCUUGAACAGAGUUGGAUCAAGUCUUAAUUUUCUUUGAAAGAACAAAUUGGGUCCAUUCUUUGUACCUGCCUUUCCUCCUGUCUGUAAAGGCAUUUACAACUAGCAAGACCUACAGCUGCAGCCAGGAAUUUAAGCAUCCCCCAGUAGAGGGAGCUCGCGUUGUUUCGUAAGGUCGCAUGAAAGCUGCUGAAUAACAUAUUGAAUUACACACCCAGCGCUUUGUAGUUUUCCCCCCAUAUACUGAGAAUUGAAAGAUUUCAACAUCUAAAGUGAAAUAAUACUAUUAUGGCUUCCGGUAGACAUUUUUCUUGUGCAGUUUUUAUUAUUUUGUAGUUUCUUUGAUAUUACAUGAUGCUAAAUAAAACAUCUACAUUUUUUUUUAAAUAUAUAAUUGUCUCAAUCCUAAAAUUCUAGGCGAUGCCAAAACUUCAGACCACAGCUGAACACAAACCAUGCAGACUCACGUCAUAGCCUAGUUUAUUCUGCUCUGCACCGUACUGAAUUAAACAAAAAAUGUCUGUUUUUUUUGUUGGAUGCGUUUGCAUUCCAGUUUUGCAUCAAAAUCACAGGGCUGAAAACUGUGAAUCUGCUCUUGCGGUUUCGUUAUGAUGAUGAUGAUGAUGAAGAUGAUGGGAACAGUUUAAAAUGUGGGUCACUUUUGAUUUGACAAGAGUCUGCUGCCCUGGCUUCAUAAAAAUAAUCCAAUUAUUUGAAAUACAAAAAAUGUACUUUUUCAUAUGUGCAGAAUCUGUAUUCAUGUUAUUAACUGUAUCCUUUAAAUGCAUGUCUCGGUCAAACAGAACAAUAUAUUUACAAAGCAA